UUGCCCGAAUAUGGACUCGAUGGAAUGAAAUAUGGUAGGGCAGGCGAACAUGGAGGACCGAGGCUCGUGAGAGCGUCGCGGUAGUUUUUUGGGAAAAGUAGAUGCAUUUCGGGCUGCUUCGUUGAAGUUGUGAAUCUCGGCGGAAUGUUUUUGUAGUUAUCUAGACAGUGCAAAGAGAGAGUUUGUAAUGUUGUGAAGGGAAACUUUUCGGAGAAAGGGCAGGGGGUCUGGCGUCAGCAAUAACCCCCUCACCAUCCCAACGCUAUGCCGUGGGUGAGCAGCAGUAAACGAAGAGAAAGCUCGGAGCUGCCGCUACCCGCGGGCUGGGAAGAAGCACGGGAUUAUGACGGCAGAGUCUUCUACAUUGACCACAACACUCGACAGACUUCAUGGAUUGAUCCUAGGGACAGGAUCACCAAGCCCCUGACCUUUGCUGACUGUGUGGGAGACGAGCUGCCCCUGGGCUGGGAGGUGGUGUACGAUCAGCAGGUGGGGGUGUACUACAUCGACCACAUCAACAAGGUCACCCAGAUCGAGAACCCGCGGACCCAAUGGCGCCAGGAGCAGGAGCGCAUGCUGAAGGAGUACCUGGUGGUGGCCCAGGAGGCCCUCAACGCCAAGAAGGAGAUGUACCUGAUCAAGCAGCAGCGCCUGGAGCUGGCCCAGCACCAGCUGCUGCUCCUCCAGCAGCUCUGCCAGGAGGACGGCCCGGAGCCCCCCAGCGCACUCUCUGGCUCGUCUUCAAAUGCAAAAUACGACCCUGACCAAAUGAAAGCGGAAAUGGCCGGUAGGCGUGAGCGGCUGUCAAGGCUGAAGCAGGAACUGGCCCAGAUGAAGCAGGAGCUACAGUACAAGGAGAUGGGAGUGGAGACCCUGCAAGAGAUCGACAGGAAGAUGUCCAGCAGUCAGACCAACUACAAGCUGGACGAGGCCCAGGCCAUCUUCAACGAGCUGCGCAGCAUCAAGAAGUCCAUCAGCACAGGAGAGAGAGAGAGGCUGGACCUCCUCCAGAGCCUGGCGAAGCUCACGGUGAACUUCCACAGCAGCCUGUCCAUCAAUGACUCUCCCGGCGAGGGGCCCAACAGCGCGGGCACGGGGACCCUGGGGGGUCCACAGCAGUACUGCGACACAGGCUGCCAGACGGAGCUGGUGGGAGAGUAUGGCUCUCAAGAUUCCUCUCAGCUGGUGGACAAGGUGAAGCUCAACUGGCAGUAUGAGGAGGCCAAGAAGAAGGUGGCCAGUAUACAGCACCAGCUGGCCCAGCUGGACGGCGAGAGCUGGUCCGGCCGGGCCGAGGCGGACCGCGACCGGGACUUCCUGCAGCUGCUGCGGGAAAAGGAGGCCCUGCUGCACGAGCUGGCCCUGGUGAGCCAGCAGCAGCGCCCCCUGGAGGCCUGCAUGCAGCUGGAGGAGGAACGCCGGAGGCUGGAGGAGGAGGUGCAGAGGGCCCACUCGGUCCAGAGCCAGGGGGCCAACCAGAGGAUCCUACAGCAGGAGAAGAGGAAUGUGCUUCUGAGGCAGUUGGAGGAAGCGACUCGGAUCACCACCUACCUACACUCCCAGCUGAAGAGCCUGUCAGCCAGCUCCCUGACCGUGUCGUCCAGCAGCAGUCGAGGCUCCCUGGCCUCCAGUCGCGGCUCUCUGACCUCCAGCAGGGGUUCUCUGAGCUCCAUCAGCUUCUCCGACAUCUACGGCCCGCCCCAGUACGACCGCCACGACGACCCCCAUGACCCCCACCUGCGCUACCUGCUCCCCCCAGAGGCCCUCUCCAGGGAGCACCUGGAGAAGGCCAAGCGCUCCCACGACACCCCCCAGUCCCUGGCCUCCCUGUCUUCCCGUUCCUCCCUCUCCUCCCUGUCCCCCCCCAGCUCCCCCAUGGACACGCCCUACCUGUCGGCCCCCCAGGAGUGCCCCCUCACCCAGAUGACCGAGGAGUACAUGGAGCUGGCCGGCCGCGGGAUGCUGGAGGGACUGCGCUCCCACUCCUACCCUCACCCCCAGCCUCACCCCCAGCCCCACCCCCAGGCGCACGCCCACGCAGGCCUGGCCGGUGGCGAGGAGCCGGGGGGGUCAGCCGCAGUCUACCAGCUGGAGAACAAGAGUCACAGAGAGAGCACUCCCUCUGGGUCAUUUACCUCUGCUGGUGUGACCCUGCGGUCUAACAGCGCCAACCGCAGCGGGCGCAGGGCCCGGAGGGUGUCUGCUGGCGUGUCGGAGGACGCCCUGGCCACGGACAGCGGGGUGUUUGAGGCCUGGGGGAGGAGCAGAGCAGAGGAGUCUGAGGAGGUGGUGUACGUGAGGGAGAUGACCUCUGGGGGCGACCCGGCCCAGAUCCAGCUGGGCCUGCUGUAUGACGCAGACUCCCAGUCUCUCCUCCUGCACCUGCUGCAGCUGAAAAACCUGAGCAGGACUGUUGUCAGGGACGGCCAUAAAGUGUAUGUGAAGGUGCACCUGAUUCCACUGGAGGUUGGCCGGGCAUCUGCCUUCUACUGCUGUAAGGCUCUGGAGCUGCAGUCCACCAUGAGCUUCAACGAGGGCUUCUGCAUUCCCGUCCCCCUGGACGCCCUGGGCGGGUGUGCUCUGCAGCUGUCGGUGUGCUCGCUCGGACCCCAGGCGCAGGAGGAGCUGCUGGGUACAGCCCAGGUGGGUCUGCUGGAGUGUGAGAACAGCACCGAGAUGAGUUUCCGUUGGCUGCGAGUGCAGACGCUGGGGGUCGGGGACCUCCAGUGGCCAGACCAGGGUGGCCUCAGCCUCAGCAAGCAGCCUGGGGGGCUGGGGGAGGGGCAGAGCUCCAGGACCAUGGACACCGUGUGUGCUCUGAUGGGGCGUAGCCACGCCCACCUGGAGGAGGGAGAGAGAGGGCAGGACAGGAGGGAGGAGCCAGGAGAGGCUGUGUCAGAGAGGAGCUGGCAGGCCGAGUCUGUGGACAGCGGCUGCAGCAACAGCACGGCGUUCCCGCCUCACUGUCACGAGGGGCUGUGUCCCGACGGCGCCUGCAUCGCCACAGGGGGGCGCUGCCACCAGCUGGUGGGGAAACCGCCCGCCCUAAAGGUGGAGAAGGCCACCAUGACGGAGGGGAUGUUCCCGGAGCCUGUGAGGGUCCGGCCCAAGGAGAGGGGGGGGCGCUGGGGGCACGCGUCGCCCUUCAUGAGGAGCAGCACCAUCGUCCGCUCCCAGACCUUCUCACCUGGGGCGCGCAGUCAGUACGUCUGCAGGUUGUACCGCAGCGACAGUGACAGUUCAACCCUACCAAAGAAGUCUCCCUUCAUCAGGAACACCCUGGAAAGAAGGACUCUGCGAUACAAGCAGUGUGUGCAGCAGCAGUCCUACAGGUCGUCCCUGGCAGAGCAGCCGACGCGCACCUCCCUGGAUCUGGAGCUGGACCUCCAGGCCUGCAGGACGCGGCAGAGGCAGCUGGCUGACGAGCUGGGCACCCUGCGGGAGCUGAAGCUGCGCCUGGAGGAGCCCCAAGCCGGGGAACCCGGAGAGCUGCCCCACUGGGCCCUCAGGGACGAGGGCUUCCGCUGCCUCCUCAGGGAGGCCCAGAGACAGGUGGGCCAGAGCCAGCAGGAGCAGAGACAGGAGGAGGCGGCGGAGAGACGGCUGAGGAAGGCGUCUAAAGAGGUCCUGCUGAUGAGGGGGGCAGGCCAGAAGGAGCCCCUGCCUGUGCACACCUUCAGAGAGAAGAUGGCGUUUUUCACAAGACCAAGGUUCAACAUACCGCCUUUACCAAGUGAUGACGUAUGAGAGCUUUCUUCUGUAUUUUGUGAUCAAACAUGAAGUAUUUUUUCAUAAUUUUGUAUUCGAAACCCAUGAAGUAAUUUAAAUGAAAUGUAGUUAAUUUUCAGAAAACGAGAGCAUGAAACUAAAAUGCUAAUUUUGACCGUUUUUAACUAAAACAAGGUUGUUCAUGUGUGGCUCAUUUGCGCACAGACACACCAACAAUUAUUGACAACUUGUCUUUUCCUUUUUGGGGGAAAACGCCUCUUAAGAAAAUAAUAUAUCUCUAUAUUCCUGUACGAUUUAUUUCUGAUGUUUGCUUACAAAAGGCUGGAAGACGGGAACAAAUUCAGUUAAGACACAUUCAUUGUACUGUAACUUAUUUUAUAGUACUUUUCCUUGAAGGAAAUAAAACGCUUCCUGCUUUUUUAAUGUAUUCUGUAAAGCUUUGAACAAAUGGCACUUCAGUGUUUUUUUUACAUACAGUAGAAUGGAACUGUUGCCUGAUUUUGUUUGUUACUUAAAAAUCCUUAAAAAAGUUAUUUACAUAAAAUGUCACUUUUUAAUCUACUUUUGUCAUUGUCCUUUGUUAUAUUAUUAAAAUUAAUGAUUAUUCCUUGUACUUUUCAAUAUGGAUAAAUAUAUGAAACACUGUAUUCAGAUUGUUUAUGAUGUCUGUAAGAACAUCGGCAGUGUUACCUCUUGUGAAAAUAAAACUAUUCAACUAGU